AUGACACUUGACAAACUAAUUGAUUCGCACAAGCUAAUAAGUCAACAGCAGGUGAGCCAACAGCAGGUGAGCCAACAGCAGGUGAAUCAACAGCAGGCAAGCCAACAGCAGGCGUUUCCAAGCUUGAACAUGAACUUGGACUCUGACGCAAAGGAACCGCUGAGAAAUGGCAGAAAAAGCAUAGACAGCAUAGACAGCAUAGACAGACAAUACAAGGACGGCAGGCACAGCGAGGACAGCAUAGACAGACAAUACAAGGACGGCAGGCACAGCGAGGACAGCAUAGACAGACAAUACAAGGACGGCAGGCACAGCGAGGACAGCAUAGACAGACAAGGCAAGGACAACAACAACCUUCUUGUUGCUGGCAGUUUGCAUCCAAAGCGCAAGCGAGGGUUAUCCUUACGAACACAAUUGUUCAACAAAGCUUUCAAUAUUCAAACAGAGCCGUACCCCCCACAGUCAGAAACAAACCAACCCCAGCUCCAACCCCAGCCCCAACCCCAGCCCCAGCUCACACCAGUACACAAUGUCGCUUUUGAAGCACAAAAUGAGAUUGAGCUUGAAAACAUUUCAAAAAACCGGUUUUUUAUGCCGCCUCCAGCUAUAAACAUUGAAAAGUCACCAGAGCCAAUUUCCGUUAACUCCAAGGCAAUAAACUACGAUCUCCCAUAUAUAACAGUGGAUGCACAUUUGACAAAAUCGUCAACUCAUUUAACCGCAGACUCUAUGAAGACAAAUACUAGCACAAACUCGUUUCUUGCCAAGAGACAACGAUUGCAUCGCGUUCCUAGAAACGCCUUUAUCAGAAAAGUUGUUGAUUUGAAAAACAAAAUACUAGGCAUCAAGUGUUUACCCUCUACAGAAUGUGGAAGAAUCAUACCAUUGAGCGUCAACCCAGAAUCAGUUAAUGAGUACUAUCAGGAUGAAUACUACUUGCCAAAACUAAAAGGCUUUAUAGAUGAACGAACAAACCAGCCUUAUGUCAGUAAUUUGAUCACCUCAUCAAAAUAUACGAUAUACACAUUUCUACCGAAACAACUACGAGCGCAGUUUUCCAAAAUUGCCAAUUGCUAUUUCAUGGUGGUGGCCAUCAUGCAAAUGAUACCGGGCUGGUCAACUACCGGCCACUAUACCACCAUCAUACCACUUUGCAUAUUUAUAUCCAUCUCCAUUGCUCGAGAAGGCUUUGAUGAUUGGAAAAGGCAUGGUCAUGACAAAGAGGAGAAUAAUAAGCUCACUACAGUUGUUCGAGAGGAUACCGAGUUUAGCAAUUUCGAUGCCCAAUCGAUCAACACAAUAAUGACAGAAACAAUCCCAGUGGUUCCCGGACAAAGUUUGUUGAAAAGUCAUCAUUUGCAAGUACAACUAACAGUGUCCAAAAACUCAUCCUUAUCUGAUAUCGGGGAUUCUUUAACCCAAGAAAACUUGUCAUUCACCAAUAAGGAAGCAAUCAGACUGUAUAAUCUUAAAGAGUGUCCUACAAAGUGGAAAAACGUAAAAGUUGGUGAUAUUGUUAAAAUCAACGAGAAUGAGUGGUUUCCCGCUGAUGUGAUCUUGAUUGGAACAAGCAACAAGCAAACACAAGAGGCAUUUGUAGAAACUAUGGCACUUGAUGGAGAAACAAAUCUUAAGCCUAAAGUUCCCCAUAGAGAGAUUUCCAAAAGAGCUUCAACAGUUCCUGGCUUGAAGAAUUUACGUACCCUAGUGACUACAGAGGACCCUAACAUAGACCUUUACAAUUUCGAAGCAUCUUUUCAAAUUGAAGAUACCGUUUAUCCCCUUGGCUCUGAAAAUGUAGUGUAUCGAGGCAGCAUUUUGAGAAACACAGAGUCUGUUUUGGGUCUCGUUGUAUUUACCGGUGAAGAGACUAAAAUAAGAAUGAACAAUAUCAAAAACCCACGUACUAAAGCACCCAAAUUACAAAAGAAUAUCAAUUACAUUGUUAGUUUCAUGGUAUUUGUUGUCAUUAUGUUAUCAGCAUUUUCAACUAUGGCGCAACGCAUCAAACUCAAUGAAACAAGGAAUAAAGCUUGGUAUUUACAGGGACAGGAUGCAGGUGUAGCAGCCACUUUGAUGGGAUUUAUUAUCAUGUACAACACCCUAAUUCCGUUAUCGUUAUAUGUCACGAUGGAAAUCAUCAAGGUUAUGCAAUUGUGUUUCUUGCAGUUUGAUAUAGACAUGUACCACAAGGAAUCCAACACACCAGCUGAUGCGAAAACAGCUACAAUUCUAGAAGAAUUGGGUCAAGUCUCCUAUAUAUUCAGUGAUAAAACUGGUACAUUAACAGACAACAAGAUGAUAUUCAGGAAGUUUAGUGUUUGCGGAGUUAGUUGGCUACAUGAUUUAGAUCUCAUGUUAAAUGAACGUGCUGAGCCUGGAAAUACUGAUAUCCAACCAUUAAUACCGCGAACAAGUCUACAUUACAUCCCACUCUCACUCUCACAACAACACACGUCUCUUGCAAAAAAGACUCCAGAGGAUAAGACAAAUGGCGUGAGUGCGCGAAUAAGUACGACUUCGUUGGUACGAGAAAGUAUGGACGUGGGGCAAUCAGGGUUGAGUGCAAAGACAUGGGUUUCAACGGCACAGCCGCACAAAGUACAGGAUACACUCAACUCUAUACAGUUAUUAAGAUACUUACAAUCACACCCACAAACUUUAUUUUCCAAAAAGGCAAAGUUUUUUCUUUUAUCUUUGGCCAUUUGUAACACUUGCCUUCCAAGAAAGAUCGAGAAGAAGGAGUCAAGACAACGAGUAAACGACUCUUGUUCGUCGUUGGAAGAAGUUGCCGAGAAUCAGGAAGUUUUAGAUGAUGCUUCAAUUACGUACCAGGCAGCUUCUCCCGAUGAGUUGGCUUUGGUUCAAGCAGCGAGAGAUUUAGGAUAUGUUGUGUUUGAUAGACAAACCGAUAAGCUAAUUAUCAAGACGUAUCCGAAUGGAUUUAAUGAAGAAGCGAUUUUGGAAGAGUACCAAAUUCUUGAUGUGAUUGAGUUCUCGUCAGUUAGAAAAAGAAUGUCGGUAAUUGUUCGCUUUCCAGAUGGAAGAAUAUGUUUGAUUUGUAAAGGAGCCGAUAACAUUAUUUUGGAAAAAUUGAAAAAUUCAAAAUUGGCCAAAGUCAAAGCUAAGGAAAUAUCUGCUCAAUCUGCUGAAAGAAAGAUGGAAGAAGCAGAUGUGAUUUUGCAAUCGAGGUUUUCGCAAGAUUUGGAAUCCAGGAAAUCUGGCUUGUCUAUGCGCCAGAGCUUCAAUAUUAGUAGUGCUGUCUCAAAUAGGAUGAACACUAUUGACAAUGCAUUAAUGGGUGUACAAGAAGAGGAAAUAGAAGAUAUUGCAGAAAGGGCUCGGAAGUCAUUACAUUUGCAACAAGCAAAACGAUAUACUUUUGAGCUUAAUGGGUCAGAAUUAGAGUCAGGAGAAGAUUUAGAAACGACGAAUAAUCAGAAUAAUCAUCAUCGAAUGCGUGCUGUAACUGCUACUACCGCCACUGCCGCCACUGCUGCUACUAAUGUCCACUUUAUACCCAAUGAUAAGUUACUUGUCAAUGAGGAGUUUUUGAUUGAAAAGACGUUGGAGCACAUUGAGGAAUACUCGACAGAAGGAUUGAGAACAUUACUCUACUCAUUCAAAUGGUUGGAUAAAAAGGACUACGAAGCAUGGCAUAAUGAGUAUACAGCUGCAAAAACAGAGUUAACAGAUCGAGCAAAAUUAGUAGAGACUAUUGGUGGAAAAAUUGAAAAUAACUUGGAGUUGGUUGGAGCAACUGCAAUCGAAGAUAAAUUACAAGAUGGGGUAAGCGAAGCAAUUGUGAAGUUGAGACGUGCCGGUAUAAAGUUGUGGAUGCUUACUGGGGACAAACGAGAAACCGCCAUCAAUAUCGGGUAUUCUUGUCAACUCAUUAAAGAUUACUCAACCGUGGUAAUAUUGUCCAACGAUGAUGAACAGCUGGUCAUUAUUGAUUUAAUAAAUUCUACAUUGAAAGAUAUACAAGGCGGCCGUGUGGCACAUUGUGUAUUGGUCAUCGAUGGAAGUACUUUGGCCGAUGUCGAAGCUAAUCCUCAACUACUCUCCAACUUUCUUAACCUUUGCGUUGAAGUUGACUCAACAAUAUGUUGCAGAGCCUCGCCUUCGCAAAAGGCUAGUAUGGUUAGUGCAGUUCGACACUUGAAAAGUGAAGCUGUGACGUUAGCAAUAGGUGAUGGUGCCAAUGAUAUUGCAAUGAUACAAAGUGCGGAUAUCGGUGUUGGUGUCACUGGUAAAGAAGGGCUCCAAGCAGCAAGAUCUGCGGAUUAUGCAAUUGCCCAAUUCAGAUUCUUGCUUAAGCUUUUACUAGUCAAUGGACGUUACAACUAUGUUAGGACAUCCAAAUUCGUGUUGUGUACUUUUUACAAGGAACUAAUUUUCUAUUUGACCCAAUGCAUUUUCCAAAGAAAUACUUUAUUUUCUGGAUCGUCGAUGUAUGAAAGUUGGUCUUUAUCAAUGUUCAAUACUUUGUUUACUUCCCUUCCAGUGAUAUGUAUAGGUAUGUUUGAUAAAGAUUUGAAACCGGCAACAUUGUUGGCAGUACCCGAACUUUAUUCCAAGGGAAGACUAUAUCAAGCUUUCAAUCUCAAGGUCUUUAUAUCAUGGAUGGUGUUGGCCACUUUACAAAGCAUUGGAAUAUGUUUUCUAGCAUUUUAUUGCUGGGGAUCGACUGCUUUGCGCGAUAAUACGGUAUUUGCUUUGGGGUCACUAAUGUUUGGUGCAUUGGUUAUCAUCAUUAAUGCAAAAUGCGUGCUUCUUGAAAUGCAGAACAGACAGUGGUUAGCAUUUGCUUCAUUCAUUAUAUCUGUGGGUGGGUUUGGUCUUUGGAAUGUGUUGAUUAUGUUUCUUUAUCGACUGAAAGAGUCAACCAUAUUUUUUGUUGCAUACGGCUUGUUUGAAUGGGGCCGUGAUCAAAGUUGGUGGGCCGCGUUGCUACUCUUUUCAACUAUACCCUUGUUGUUUGAUAUUUUCAUCAAGAUAUUCAAGUUUAUGUUCAAGCCAAAUGAUGAUGAAAUUUUCCGGGUUUACGAACAAGAUAUAGAAUUGAGAAGGUUUUUCGAAAAUACAGCUUACAAGGAAUUGUUUCAAAGUUGGACAUUCCCUCGUGACCAGUCUACCACAAAGGCCAGCUUUAUAAAGUUGUUCAAGAAAAUAGGAUUAUGUCGCGGCAGUAGCAGCAGUAGCAGCAGCAAUAAUAAUAAUAAUAAUAAUAAUAAUAAUAGCAAUAGCAAUAGCAAUAUGAACGUCAACACCAACACCAACAGCAACAACAGCAGCAGAUUAGAACUUGAUAUCGAAAUGAAUGAAAUGAAUGACAACCGCAAUACUAAUGACCCCAAUACUCAAUCCUCGAUUAAUAGGAAACGAGCUGGAACCAAUCCCAUGGAACAUGAAUUACCAUCGAGCGGCGAAGGGUAUAAGAUGUAUGGAAAUGAUUACUCCAGAUCGGUUGAUAGCGAUGGGUAUGAGACUUUGCCAAGUGGCAAAAGAGUGAGGAUUAAGAAAAGAAAAAGUAGAAUAAGCAAAUGGUCACUUUCAAAAGCUUUUGGAGUUUCGGACGACGAUGACGAUGUUGAUGCAAUAAUUGAUGCAAGGUUAAGAAAUUUAAGGGCAGAAGAAGAGGGUAAUUGA